AAGUAAACAGCACACUACCGACACUACUGACCCGACCACACCGACCACACUACUACAGCGACUACAGUUUCACCGGUUUCACUUUCGCCUUUCGCCGUGUUAUUCCAAAUGCGCAGGAAGCUGGGACGAGGGCACGUGCGAUGACCCCGACCACUGUGACCCCGACGCUCGCGUUUUCGCCCCCAAAACGUGCGAAACACGAACUUGACAACGCUGACGACAAGAUCUGUCGCGGUUAGCGGCAGAGUCGUGGAGUUUCCCCAACGUCGUUCGUUACAAUGGGAGACGGCCAAGGAGCCCCACUCCUUGCGGAUCCUGAGCAGAGCGGAGCCUCGCCAUCGAGCUUGCUCCCGCCGUGCACCUUGACGGCCGGCGAAAACAAUGGCUUUGGCCCGGUGCUGCAGAGGAGGAGCGGAAGGCUGCCCUUUGGCCUCUUCUGCCUCCUUGUGUCCGUCGGGAUAGCCGUCUGCUUGGUCUUCAAGCAGAUACAGGACACUGGGGUGCACCUGUUUGUGGUUACCCUGACGAUGGUGCUGGCCCUGGUGCUGAGCCAGGCCUGCUACCUGGUGGACGAACUGUGCCACCUGCGAGAGCGCCACGGGGGGCGCUGCUGGCCGGCCGUCCUGCUCUGCCUGCGGUUCCCGCUGGCCACCUACCUCAGCAUCGGGGUCUUGCUGCUGCUCUCGGUGCUGAUGGCACUGCAGCGUUGGGACAUGGUCCUGGGCUUCCUGCAUGACCAGUGGCAUCUGCUCCUCCUCAUGGGGCUCGUGUGCCAGCUGUGCACUUGGAGGGCUUCCGAGGCGCAGUGGCAGCACCAGCGCGAGCGGCGGGAGUCUGCGCACGUGGGCGAGGGCAUGGCCUGGUCCUUCUACUUCGGCUACAUCAGGCUGCUGCAGGACCCCGUGCCUGCGGGCAGGGGACGCAACGCCGAGCCCUACUCGCUGCGUGAGCGCAUCAGCAAGUACGAAGACGACCACGGCGUGAAGCUGGCGGUGAAGAAGCUGUUCAUCCUGCUGCCCUCGUCGUGCUACAUCGAUCCGCUGCUGGGGAGCGGGCAGGACGAGGACCUGGAGCCAACUACCUCCAUCGAGGACGUCAACAUACCCCGGGCGGGCACCAAGGAGCGCAUCUUCAUCAACACUGUCUACAAGAUCAGGAACGGCGACGGGGAACCGUACUACUGCCUGGCGGAAGGUGCGACUCCCCUGCUGACGCUGCACGACAUGCUGGUGCACAGCGAGCUGAGCGCCGAGCAGCAGUGGGAGCAGAUGUGCAUCUUCUACCACAAGCUGAAGGAGCUGCUGGAGAGACAUCAGGCCUGCAGCGCAAACUUCCUUCUGGUGCCCUACUGCGAUAAAAACCCCGACGGCUCCAUGAAGAAAGUCUCUUCGGUCCUGAGGGAUGAGAUCAGGCGUCAUCUGAAACUGAUGGAAGCUUCUUCCGGUCUGACAUCGAGCUGACAUAUUUUUACAAACAAUGAAAAUCGGAACGACCUUGUUGUGUUCCUGUUUUGUCUCUAUUUUUUAUUUUCUGCUUGUGCAUGAGGAAACAGAAAACUUCCUGCGACAGAAUAUAUGCGGAUGAUAAAUUUUGGAUUCCUUA